AUGAUUUCAUUUUACUUUAUUUUAAUAAAAAUAAUUUUUAUUGGAUAUUUAAUACAAAUUAUAACUUGUCAUUCAAUCUCUACAUAUACUGGUGUUGAAGAUGAUUAUUUGGAGGAAAAAAUUGAUGAAACAUCAGAAAUAUCAAAUAAUAAUUUUGAAAAUAUUGGAAGAAAAAGAAACUGUACAACAGAUACAUCUAUAAUUGACAAAUUAUUAAACGGUACUGGAUAUAAUAAAUUUCGUGUUCCUGCUGAAGAAAAAGGUGUUGAUGUUGCUGUUGAAUUUUGGUUGCAAUCAAUAACAUCUAUAAGUGAAAUUACGAAUGACUUUCAGAUGGAUAUUUAUAUUAAUGAAAUGUGGUUAGAUCCAUACUUAAAUUUUGAACAUUUAUCACCAUGUAAACAAAAUUUAUCAUUAAAUGGACAGGUUCUAGAUCGUUUAUGGACUCCAAAUUCUUGUUUUAUUAAUUCAAAAGUUGCCGAAAUUCAUGAAAGUCCUUUUAAGAAUGUCUUUUUGAUGUUAUAUCCUAAUGGCACUGUAUGGGUAAAUUAUAGAGUUAGAGUUAGAGGUCCUUGUUCAAUGGAAUUAACUAAUUUUCCUCUUGAUACUCAAAAAUGUGGUUUAGUUUAUGAAUCAUUUAAUUAUAAUAAUCAAGAAGUAAGAAUGCGUUGGAAUCCAAUGAAUGUUAAACCAGUAACAAUUCUUAAUGAAAUUCUUCUUCCAGAUUAUGAUCUUAUGAAUAUUGAAACAAAACAUAUUGAAGAAAAAUAUCCAGCAGGAAUGUGGGAUGAAUUACAUAUAACAUUUAUUUUUAAAAGACGUUUUGUUUGGUAUUUUAUGCAAGCAUAUGUUCCAACAUACCUUACAAUUUUCAUAUCAUGGGUAUCAUUUGCACUUGGUUCAAAAGCUAUUCCAGCAAGAACAAUGCUUGGUGUUAAUUCUUUACUUGCAAUUGUUUUUCAAUUUGGUAAUAUUAUGAGAAAUCUUCCUAGAGUAUCAUAUAUUAAAGCAAUUGAUGUAUGGAUGUUAGGAUCAAUGACAUUUAUUUUUGGAACAUUAAUUGAACUUGCUAUAGUUGGUUAUAAAGUUCGUGAAGGAGAAACAAGUAGUCGUAAAAAACCUAUGAUAUGCCGACAAAGACAAAAUGAUAAUGAAGUUAGUCCCCAAGCAUUUUGUGGAUAUGAAAAACGUUUUAUGUUUCCUGUUGAAAGAUUAGACAUGAAAUGGAAAGCGGCUGGUUGUGGUAAAAUGAAAUGGACUCCUGAUGAGAUAGAUAAAAUAUCUAGUUGUUGUUUUCCAACAUUUUUUGCCUUAUUUAAUGUUUGUUAUUGGUCUUAUUAUUUGUAUUAA